UCCGGUGAACGAUACAGACAGUUAAAUGUAAUCAUUACCAUAUUUCGGCAAAAGUAAACAACACUUCUUCCCAAUGGAAGGGAGCAGUCCACUCCUAUUGUUUCUCCUGUUUGCUGCUGCUCUAGCAGUAAGCAAAGGACAUAUGCUGGACUGUAACUUUGAGCAAGACUUCUGCCAGUGGAGACAGGUCACAGGGGCAGAUAGCUUGGACUGGCAGCGACAUUCUGGCAGCACCCCUUUAUCCACCACGGGACUCAGUUUUGACCACACAACGGGCAAAAAUGGUUCCUACGCGUACGUCUACUUCGAUAGUUCCAAUGGUAUAGCAGGCGCCACAGCCCAGCUGUACAGCCCCUUGCUGACUGUCGGGAGGAACAACUACAUGUGCCUGACGUUCUGGUACCAAAUGAAUGGGGGACACACAGGCACCCUGACACUGUACCACAACAACACCAGGCUGUGGGCUCUGUCUGGUGGUCAAGGCAACGUGUGGCUGCAGGCGCAAGAUCACAAUCGCGGACAUUUCUCACGAGGAGAUUGUGUUUGAAGCACAGAGAGAAGGUUUUGCAUCAGGCGACAUCGCUAUUGAUGAUAUUCUGAUGAAAAAUGGUGCCUGUGUUGAUGCAGAUUCCUGUGACUUUGAGAAAGACCUGUGUUUGUGGACCAAUGCUCAUGACAGAAA